AUGAACCCACACAUCAAAGGAUAUCCAGACCCUUAUGAAUAUUGUGGAUCUUCACCAUCACCACCCAAUAUUUAUUCACCGAUUUUCAGACCGAUGUAUCCUUUUCAUUAUUCAUCCAAUCGUUAUAUGGACCAGCCAGCCGACGAAGAGCAAUUAGAAUCCAAGAUGAUGCCAUACUACGAGCAAACUCAACGUUUUCUUGGACGCAUUCAAUUUCUAGAGGACGAAAUCAAUCGCAAGAAAGACACAAUCGAUGGACUACAACACCAACUCUCAAAGUAUGAGCAAGAGCGUCAAGCCGAAAAGAAGAAGCAAUCUCGUUACUGGACACCCGACGAACACCACCGAUUCCUCGAGGCACUCAGCAAAAUCGAUCGUGAGCGUCAGCGUAAGCUGGAGAGCAAAGAAUCCUCCGACAAAGACGACAGAAAUAACGAUGAAUGGCUAAAAGAGGAUUACGGUGAAGAUGUCGACAGUCCUACACUCUAUGCAAAUUGUUCACCGGGUGUCCUGACACCCAACAAUCCAUUCUCUGGUCAGAACUCACCAAACAUCAAAAGAAAGAGAGAAACUGUACUCAUCACAGCAUCGCAAGCCAAGAAUGCACAAAUGUAUAAAGAUGCUGUUUUAUCUGCAAUGCCAUCCGGUUGGACAGCAAUGGACUAUGAAUAUUUUUCAAGAGGACUUAUUUCAUUUAUUGAUCAAGAUGAUGUAAAACAAUUUUUAGUUCACCAUUCAAUUGAAACUAUAGAAUUGGCAUACAAGGCAUUCCAUAAAGCAGUCAAUCAAAAACCAAAAGAAGCCAAUCCCAAUUCACCAGGUGGAAAUAACUCCAUUACACCAAACAACAGCAAUUCAAACAUUCCAAAUUCACCACAAUCCUCACUUUCACCAAAUUUAUCAACACCCAAUCUACAAUUGGUGUUACCCAAUAAUAAUGGUAACAACAACAGUAACAACAGUAAUAAUAACAUGAAUGGUAAUAACAAUAGUAAUAGUACAAAUAAUUCAACCAACAAUACACCAGAGCCAACUUCACCAACACACUUUUCACGUUCACCUUCGCUUGGAAAGCGUAGAGUUCCACCACCUGUAAAUGUAAGUCGUCCCGAGUAUCCAAUCGGACAAAUGCCACCCGGUCCAGCACCAUCUCCAUCAUCGAUGUAUGGCGGUGGCAUGACCUAUUUAGGUGGACCAAAUGGCUCACCUCCCAUGGGCAUGAUUCACCCACUCUCUCAUUUACAUCCCUCGUCGCCAUCGACACCUUCGUUGUGGCCACGUCCCUACGACAUGAGACGCUUGGAACCACCACCUCCAUCGGCACUCAUGACACCACCAGGUGCACCCGGAUACUUUAUGGGUCCACAUCCAAUGAUGAUGGAACACCAUGUUCCAGGUGACGACAACCCCAACGGUGCUAAUUCCAAUGGUCAUGGCUCCUGGCAAUCACCUUACCAUCUCGAAGCACCAAACGGUGCCAAUUGGAGUAUGAAUCACACAAUAUCCGCUCUUUCGAAUACCAAUCUUAAUAAUUCUUCUUCAUCAUCUUUAGGAGUAAGCACAGAUUAA